GGGACACAAAGGGAAGAAGACCAUUGGAGGAAGGUGAGAGGAGAUGUUUGGAAAACAAAGGUUGCCGUGCUAUGCAAGUCAGUCUCUAGGUAAAGAGGAAUCUCUGUUAAUCACGUCCACCCUCCACCCCCCACUCGCCCAUCUCCUCUCAUCAAGACCGAGGUUAUCCGUUCCACCACCGAGGCCGAGAUUUAAUAGGCAAGCAUCUCUAGGAGAGGGGAUACAUUUAAUCUUCCAUCCCAGUAGGUGUAAACCAUUCACAUCGGAUCCCAACCUCCAUGUAGAUCAUUUUAGCACCAGAGGAGUAAAUGCAGGAGGUGGUGGGGCGAUACCCCCACUGAAGAGAUUCCAGGGCAAAAGCGCAGGCUGUACAGAGACACUACUGGAGCCCUUGGAGGCUUACUCUUUAGCAAAGAGAGACAGACAUUAAAGGUAAUAAAUAAAUCGUGCAGCAGGUGUCAAAUGCUGUGGAAAGAGACGAAGCGGAGCAGAGAGAGGGAGAUCCUCAGCGCUGGGUGGAGUGAGAUUGUAGUACUAAACAAGGUGGUCCAGGUAGGGCUCGUUAGGAAGAUGCCACUUGAAGCAGAGCCCCAAGAUGAGGACAUGAACCAGGCAGAUGUCUGUGGCAGUUUGCCAAGCAGAGGAAACCACCGAAUGCUGAAAUUUAGAAUCAGAAGCAGGUAGAUGGUGUUUAAAGCCAUGGCACAAAUGAAUUUUUUAAAGUGAGGGGAAAGAACAAUAGAGGUCAGCCAGAAGCCAGAAGAAGCUCGCUCGUGCCUUAGAGAACGUUCCCGAGGGUGUCACUGGGUACGGGUGCCAGCGCAGAGGAUAAUUUGAACAGAUUAAAUCACGUAAUCGCAACAGCAGGUUGCCACAACAAGUUGGAAUUAAACUAAAGACGUGCCAAAUACAAAGCCAAAGAAAGGUUCGGGAGACGUGGCAGAGGAAGCGAAUGAAUAGAAGUCAAUAAAUCUACGACAUUUGACUCAGAGGAAACCACUCCCCACGACUGCCCCGGAGAGUUUCAAGGCCCAAGAAGGGAUGGGGAUCCUAAGAGAUUGUGCCCAGGUGUUUCCAGUACUGGACUUAAACCUUCACUUGGGGGUUCUGCCUCCGCUAGACAUAAGGCCCCUGAAGCUGUGGGCUGCCUCUGUUCUGUUUACUCCUGUCUCUGCUGGGCCCACGGCAGGUUCUCACUAAGACCCGACCGGAUGAUGAGUGAACAGCAAUGAUGCGAAUCCCGCGUCCACCCAAAGGAAUACUCUUUGCAAGUUAGUAGCUUCACUCUCGUCUGCCACCCCAAGAUUUCAUCACACCGUGGAGGUUUCCAAAUAAGUCUGAGUAGCCAAGCGUGUAUAAGUUAAUACAGUUGUCAACGCAAUGCCAAAAGGCUGGCUGUGGUUUUCGGCCGUUGAUAGUAGAGCCUAAAAGAACUCAUUAGAUGUAUUUCACGUUACCGGUCAGCGUGCACCAGAGAAAAGGGUGGAAUGAGGAAAGCCGAAAGCGGUGAUGUUGUCAGAAUGAUGUCCAGUGACAAUCACUCUUUUUCAUUGCAAUCUUGGUGCAUUGGCCAAACUGAUCUCUUUUCUGCUUCUGGAUUUCUUAAUACCUUAAGGUGGGGAAAUGUGCCCCUUUUGGGUCAUAUUAACUGUCUUUAUCUGUUGCAUAUUCUCCAGCCUCCGCUCGCCCAGGGUCCACUUGGAGUGUUCAUUGCUUUCUCUCUGUGCACUUUGGCAUUACCUCACGGUUUCCUGAUUCUUGAGAGAAGUCAGCGUCAGAAGCGGGGUUUUGCUGAGAUAUUUUCUUGUCCUUUCCAGCACAGAACUCUAUAAACAAAGGCAGGGUUAUCACAUGUACCCGACAGCUGCCUGGGAAAAGCGGGAGCUGUAGUUAUCAAAAUUGGAACCUUUAUGAAAAAUGCUUUUGUCUCCGUUUUUGUUGCGUUCAAUCAGAUCAACAAGUGUUGGCUAAGUGCUGAGCGUGGUUUCCUGUGGGAUUGUGCAAGGCCCUUGCAGGACAAUAAACGUUUUGGGGGCACUGAGUAAUGUAGCCAUUUCUGACCCAGCAGCCGGGAAAAUGUGAGACAAUUUGCUGCCGCUGGAAGGAAGGCAGCGGGGGCCGUGUUCCUGCAAGAGCAGACCAACCUCACCGCGGCGGACCCCGGCGGUGGACCCAGCCAAAAUGGACGACGAUAUGGACACAAAAUCCAUUCUAGAAGAACUUCUUCUCAAAAGGUCACAGCAAAAAAAGAAAAUGUCGCCAAGUAAUUACAAAGAGAGGCUUUUUGUUUUAACCAAAACAAAUCUCUCCUACUAUGAAUAUGACAAAAUGAAAAGAGGCAGCAGAAAAGGAUCAAUUGAGAUUAAGAAAAUCAGAUGCGUGGAGAAAGUAAACCUUGAGGAGCAGACCCCUGUGGAAAGACAGUAUCCGUUUCAGAUUGUCUAUAAAGACGGGCUUCUCUAUGUCUACGCGUCAAAUGAAGAGAGCCGAAGUCAGUGGUUGAAAGCAUUACAAAAAGAGAUAAGGGGCAACCCCCACCUGCUGAUCAAGUACCACAGUGGGUUCUUCGUGGAUGGAAAGUUCCUGUGCUGCCAGCAGAGCUGCAAAGCGGCCCCAGGAUGUACCCUCUGGGAAGCAUAUGCUGAUCUGCAUGUCACAACCCACGAAGAGAAACACAGAGCUCCCACCUUCCCAGACAGAGUGCUGAAGAUUCCUCGAGCAGUUCCUAUUUUCAAAAUGAAUGAACCAUCUUCAAGUACCACUGUCGCCCAGUAUGACAGUGACUCCAAGAAAAACUAUGGCUCCCAGCUAAACGUCAAUUUGCAGCAUAUUCCAAGAGAAGACUGCCCUGACUGGUGGCAAGUAAGAAAACUGAAAAGCAGUGAAGAUUUCGCAUGUGGCAACCAGAGGGAAAGGACUGUCGUAAAUCACAGCACCUCAAAGAUGUCAUGGGGAUUCCCCGAGUCAAGUUCAUCUGAAGAAGAGGAAAACCUGGAUGACUAUGACUGGUUUGCAGGUAACAUCUCCAGGUCACAGUCUGAGCAGUUACUGAGACAAAAGGGAAAAGAAGGCGCAUUUAUGGUUAGAAAUUCCCGCCAGGUGGGAAUGUACACAGUGUCCUUAUUUAGCAAGGCUAUGAAUGAUAAAAAAGGAACUGUCAAGCAUUACCAUGUGCACACAAAUGCUGAGAACAAAUUGUACCUGGCAGAAAACUACUGUUUUGAUUCCAUUCCAAAACUUAUUCACUAUCAUCAACACAAUUCAGCAGGCAUGAUCACACGACUCCGCCACCCUGUGUCGACCAAGGCCAACAAGGUUCCCGUCUCCGUGUCCUUGGGAAGUGGAAUAUGGGAACUGAAAAGAGAAGAGAUUGCCCUCCUGAAGGAACUAGGAAGUGGUCAGUUUGGAGUGGUCCACCUGGGCAAAUGGAAGGGACAGUAUGACGUUGCCAUUAAGAUGAUCAAGGAGGGCUCCAUGUCAGAAGAUGAAUUCUUCCAGGAGGCCCAGACCAUGAUGAAACUCAGCCACCCCAAGCUGGUGAAAUUCUACGGAGUGUGUUCAAAGCGAUACCCUAUAUACAUAGUGACUGAAUAUAUAACUAAUGGCUGCCUGCUUAAUUACCUGAAGAGUCACGGAAAAGGACUUGAAACCUCUCAGCUCUUAGAAAUGUGCUAUGAUGUGUGUGAAGGCAUGGCCUUCUUGGAGAGCCACCAGUUCAUACACAGGGACUUGGCGGCUCGGAACUGCUUGGUAGACAGUGAUCUCUCCGUGAAAGUGUCUGACUUUGGGAUGACGAGGUAUGUUCUGGACGACCAGUACGUCAGUUCCGUAGGAACAAAAUUUCCGGUCAAGUGGUCAGCCCCAGAGGUGUUCCACUACUUCAAGUACAGCAGCAAGUCAGACGUGUGGGCCUUCGGGAUCCUGAUGUGGGAAGUGUUCAGCCUGGGGAAGCAGCCCUACGACUUGUAUGACAACUCCCAGGUGGUCGUGAAGGUCUCCCAGGGCCACAGACUCUACCGUCCCCAACUGGCGUCGGACACCAUCUACCAGAUCAUGUACAGCUGCUGGCACGAGCUUCCAGAAAAGCGCCCCACAUUUCAGCAACUCCUAUCUUCCAUUGAACCACUGCGGGAAAAAGACAAGCCUUGAAGAAGAAAUUGGGAGAUCUCAUGAGAAUGAAUGUAAACGCUGGCCAACAUCUUCAUUCUUUUUAAGGAAAGUAGCAAGGCACAGACAAUGUAAUUUAGUUCUUCUUAAUAGUCUUCUGCAUGCUGUUUGUUAUAUUAUGUAGAAAUGAACAAGGUAAAAAAAACCAAAAGAUUUCCUUGAAAUUUAGGUCAAAUUAGUAAUUUUGUGUAUGCUGAUCUUAAUAUUACACUUCCCAGACUAUAGCCGAAGCACAUUUUCUGAUCGUGAUAUAGACAGUGCGGACCAUGUGUAAAGAUGGAACAGAAUUGACAAAUUCUUUGUUGGAUAUUUGUUCUUUUCCUUAUAUUGUCACUGUCAUAAUUAAAUGUUACUAAUGAGUA